UGCCAGCUGCCAACUAAAUCAGAUCCGACUGAGAACAGUUGUGGAAUGGCCUCUGAACGGGAUGAUUCCAACACAACCAGGAAUCCGACCAACCAGUUUGUGCAGCCGGCGUGGCGCAUCGUGCUGUGGUCGGCGGCUUACAGCACGGUGCUGGCUGUGGCAGUUUUCGGAAACUUGAUUGUGAUUUGGAUUAUUCUGGCGCACAAGCGAAUGAGAACUGUCACCAACUAUUUCCUGCUGAACCUGGCUUUCUCCGAUGUUUCGAUGGCUGCGUUCAACACGCUCAUCAACUUCAUCUACGCGGCUCACGGAGAGUGGUACUUCGGAGAGAUCUACUGCAGAUUUCACAACUUCUUCCCGGUCACCGCUGUGUUCGCCAGCAUCUACUCAAUGACCGCCAUAGCCAUCGACAGGUACAUGGCCAUCAUCCAUCCCCUGAAGCCUCGUCUGUCGGCAAAAGCCACUAUGGGAGUUAUCGUCUGUAUCUGGAGUCUGGCCGUGGUUCUGGCCUUCCCUCUCUGCUACUUCUCCACCACCCGAGCUCUGCCCCGCAGGACCCUCUGCUACGUGGCCUGGCCUCGCAUGGCUGACGACCCCUUCAUGUAUCAUACCAUAGUGACAGUUCUGGUCUAUGUGCUGCCCUUAGUGGUGAUGGGCAUCACUUAUACCAUUGUGGGGGUGACUUUGUGGGGAGGGGAGAUCCCAGGAGACUCAUCUGAUAACUAUCAUGGACAGCUCAGGGCUAAAAGGAAGGUGGUGAAGAUGAUGAUCAUCGUAGUGGUGACCUUUGCCCUCUGCUGGCUCCCCUAUCACGUCUACUUCAUUGCGACAGGUCUCAACAAACGUCUGGUCAAGUGGAAGUACAUCCAGCAGGUUUACCUGUCGGUGCUGUGGCUGGCAAUGAGCUCCACCAUGUACAACCCCAUCAUCUACUGCUGCCUCAACAGCAGGUUCCGGGCCGGCUUCAAGUGGGUUUUCCGCUGCUGUCCCUUUGUCCGGGUCUCAAGCUAUGAUGAGCUGGAGCUCCGAAACACAAGACUUCGACCUGGUCACCAGAGCAGCAUGUGCACCCUCUCUCGGGUCGACACCAGCAUCCUCAGCAAGAACAAGAGCACUUGUUCCCGUGGACACAGGUCAAGACUCAACUCUGAGCCCAUUAAUAAAGACAGUUAGUUGUCUCCACUGGACACAGUCCAGCUCACUAGGUUUAUUUGACACAUUAUUUUGAGCUGACAAAUGCCUAUUGUACUGUUUUUUUCUUUACUUAUA